GGGAAGAGAGAGCUACGAGUACAAACAGUAAAGGCUAAUUGGCCAGGUGAGGAGGUGAGGAACACGAGAAGGAGGUGACUGGCUGCGGGGAAAAUUUGAUCCCCGGACAGGUUGGAAACUCAAGCAUCCGUCAGAGCAUCCACCCCGGCCUAUAUAAGACCAAGCCAGUCGUGAGAAGGCACCACAAAGCCUUAUCUGCUGCUGCUUUGGACCUGGACGAAGAGGAAAUCAAGCCAACAGCGCAAAUCCUCCAAACCAUCGAUCUUGGGUCAAUGAUCGGAUUUGUUUCCAGCUCAGCAAACUUUUAUUCCUAUAAGACAAACAAAGACCAACAUGUCGCUCACAUCCAUCCUUUCUGCUGAAGCCAUUGAAAAAGCUGUCAAGGACUGUUCAGCUCCGGACACAUUCUGCUACAAAAAGUUCUUUGAGCUAUGUGGCCUGUCCUCAAAGACGCCCCAGGAAGUGAAAGAUGUCUUCCAGCUACUUGAUGAUGACAACAGCGGUUACAUCGAGGAGUCUGAGCUCAAGUUCUUUCUGCAGCGGUUUGUCCCCGGGGCACGGACACUGACCGAUGCAGAAGCCAAGAGCUUCAUCUCAGCAGCUGAUGAUGACAGUGAUGGCAAGAUUGGAGUAGCUGAAUUCCAGGCCAUGGUCCUGUCCUGAAUAUCACAAAUAAAAAGAGCUCAAGUCUUCCAGUCCUCAGUCAUCUCAUCACCUCUGGAGUGGAGUCAUCUGGUCCCAGCUUCCAUCCCCAGUGAUAUAUUUGGUUUUCUACUAAAUUCUGUGUGCACUAUUUGUUUUUAAAUGACCUUUUGUCCAUUUAAAGACGGUAGACCUUUAAUUUGUCUUUCCAAUGUGUUGGUCCAUGUUUCUUUUCUGUGCACACCCUUCUUCUGACAAUCAAUGAGAUGAAUAAACAUGUGCAAACAUAAA